AUGGAUGCUCAUGUCCAGCUCGUGAGAGUUGUCCAGGAAAUGCAGGCCAAGAUCAACACUCUGGAGAAGGAGAAUCGAGCCCUCCGGAUGAUGCUGACUUCAAACAAUCAGAGAACCCCAGGCUCAGAGGGACAAUCAGGAGAUGAAAGGGAAGAGGAAGUCACCGACUCUGGUAACCUAGGAAAAGUGCCCGGACAACCUCCAGCAACUCCUCAUGGCUGUAUUUCCACUGACACUGCAUCAGAUGUGCGUGAAAACCAAGGCCACGUCAUGAUUGUUAGGCGCUACUCUGCGUCCUCGCCAAUCCAUUUACUUGCUGCAAAUGAUCCCUGGAAACCUGGGAAAAGACAUCUAAAUAGUAGAAAUCUAGAAGCUCGGGGAACAGUUCAAUCACUGGAAUGUUCUUCAAUCAAGAAGAAAGACAAUGAAGAAAAAACGCUUGCAGAAGAUUCUUUUACCAGCAAGAAUUGCCGCUACAGAGCCCUUCCUGAGCCCGUUCCUGGCUGCAGGGACAAGAUAAAGACUGUCAGUUUCCUGUUACCCAUGGACAUAACUCCAUAUUCCAAAAAUUCAAGUUCUUUGAAGUACCCAGCAAAUCAGAGUGCAAACCAGCUGAGUACCAUUGCAGAAUAG